GACCAACUCCAAUACAAACAACUGACUGAGCUCUCGUGCGCGCGCGCUCUCUCUCUUUCCUCUCUCUUUCUCCACGCCCCUAUCUUUUAUCCAAGUCCUCCUAUAGGUUCGGUACAGAGGUAACAGAAAGACAGUCGGCUUUAUAAACAUCCACUUUGUUCACUCUGCCUCUCUGCUUGUUCCAUUUCUUUGGUUUAUCCUCGUUCUCCUCAGCACGCACCAAGAUGCCCAGCAAGAGAAAGAAGAACAAGCGUCGUAUGAGAAGGGUGCAAGCCCAGAGAAGAGCACUUGAAGAACAACAUGCUGCCAAUCCGCCGGUGAAAGCCAGCCGGGGGAUUGCAGUGAGUGCACCCCCUGCAGGAACCACAAAAAAAGCGGCUAAAGCUCCACCUCCAGCUCCUGCUCCUGCUCCAGAAAAGAUCUCACGGUCCAUUCCUGCUGCUGUUCCUACUGUAGAAACUCCCAAACUAGAACCAAAAGCAGAACCUGUUGCAAAGCCCAUUCCAGAUGAAGUACAGGCACCAGAGUCUGAGGUUGUGUUGUUGGAGCAGACUCCAGUGACAGCUGAGAUUGAAAUCCCAACACCUGUCACUGUAGAAGCACGAGCUGUUGAGACUCCAUCAGUGAAGCCCUCUACAGUUGAAGCUAAUGUAGUGCAAGAGCCUGAACCCAAGAUUCCUGAAACAGAACCAAUAACUGAGGUCACACCCUCAUCUGAAGCUUCAGUGGUUGCUGCCUCUGAAACUGAGAUUCACACAGUUGAUUCUGCGAUCAUAAAAACUGAGACGCAGGAGACAGAGGAUAAAUGUGAGAGACCGGAAGAAGCUGAGGCCCUGGCAGAGAAAGGUGCUGUGACUGAGGUCGAAGUGGAGGUGGCUGCCACAGAAGAUAUUGCCGUACCAGAGCCUGUGACACGAGCCUCUGAAAAAACAGUGGGAGAUGCAGUUAGCGGUGGCCAAGUUUCUGCUGAAGGAGAGCCUCCUCUGGGCAAGGUGGUUACAGAGACUGUUGCUGAAUCAGUGGUGGAGGUUGUCACAGAUGUACCUGAGAGCGAACGAGUGACUGAAGCGGCUGUCAGUCCUACAACCCCAGCUGCUGAAGAUGGUAAAGAGGUGUUGGCAGAGGAGAAUGCACCCGAAGUCCCUUCUGAGACUGCUAUAAAAACAGAGCACACUCCUGUUGAUUCUGUGGAGGCGGCUGCAGUACCUGACACCAGCCCUGAGGCUACAGCACAAGAGGCUAAACCCAAAGAGGAUGCUGUGGCAAUGCUGAUUGAUGCCACAGCAGUUGAUGAGUUUGUUGUGACAGAAUCCGUCUCGGCAGUAGAAGUUGCCACUGAGUCUGCUGCUGUCCAGCAGGAAAUCUUACCCGUGAAUGACACUUUGAGUGCCCAAACAGACUCCGUGGAUGUGACAACUUCUGAGUUUGAACCUGCUGCUGCACCUGCAGAACACACGGAUGCCGCAGAGUCAAAAUGUCUGGACAGGCAGUCGGAAGCGUCAAAGUCAGAAAUCCGUGAUGUGGAAUGUCAGAUGGAAAUCUCUGUGGAGUCUGUGCAGCUCAGUUCAGUGGAGAUGCCAGUGGAGACGGCGCUGAAUGCACACAUUGUUCCAGAGGUCUCUAUCGAGGGCUAGAGCCACAUCACAGAGAUCAGAAGAUCUAUUUUUAUUUAGUCCCCAUUUUUUCUUUUGGAGGACUCGAAGCUUGCAGGGAGACAACCAGCUGACCUUUUCAUUUUUUAAGGCUUAAGACCGGACUGCCAGGAAAUCGAAGAGACAUCCACACUUUGAAGUGCCUUUUCCUGCCCUGGUUUCUGUUAUAACAUCAAACCAGAUGUCAACAUGCAAAAAAUGUCUGCAUUCAAGGGAGCAGAAGAAUAAAACAUAUUGUGGCUCCUUUUAUACAGCAUUUACCCCCAAAACCACGUACAAUGAUUUUGUUUUAGCAGUGGAAGCAGAAGUGCCGCAGCGGUGAUAAUUCUCUCAAAUCAUACUGGACAGGCUCUGAUAUUUGUCAGCACGUCUCCAUCUCUGUAGAACAUCUGCUUCCACACAUGCAUGUAAAUACUGUAGCAUUUAAGAAUGCACCUCCAGUUUUUCCUUAGGCCCAUUUUCAAAACGUGUUGUUUUUUGUUACUUGUUUCAAAAUCACUGACUUACUGCUUAGUAGUAUUUUUCCACCAUAUGUGAUAUAUACAUACAGCUUUUUCUCUGUCCUUGAACUGUCUCUGUCUCAAGUAAGGGCCAGCACUAAGGUUAGUGUGAUGCUAAAACUACAUCCUGAAGUUUUAGGUUUACUGGCCACUGGCAGAUUUUGAGUGGAUGAGGUCAGUUUCUGAUUCUUUUUUUUUUCUUUUCACCUUUUCCUAUUUGCAAUUCAUCGUAUUUAGACAACAUGAUGUGCUACAGUUUCAUGUUGAAGUCUGUGUUCUGGAGGGGAAAUGUAAUUGGGUUGCUGUUGGGCUGCUGAUGGGCAUACCUAAACUUUGAAAUAAAGCUGUACCUGAUUGGGA